AUAAUAAAUAUUUUUAAUCUAAUGAAAAAAGUAAAAUAUAUUUAUUCAACGUAUUUUGGACAUUUUGUACAUGGUAAAUAAUAUUUCAAAUUUGAAAUAGAACAUUAAUACAUUUUACAUAAAAAUCAAAGGAUAUAAUGCAAUUUUAUGUUGCCAAAAUUAAGAUCAAGUCAAGAUCAGAUCGAUUUUUUAAAUGGGAUCCCAUAUUUUUGAUUCUAGAAUCUAAUGAGCUGAUAGCAAUAAUUUUUCAAAACAAUGAAGUAAUAAGUUUAAAAGUUUCAAAAUAAUGAAGUUUAUUUUCAUUAAGUACUCUCCGCGUUAUAAGACUUGAUUGGUCGGGAAUAGGCAAUAAGGAACAGAAGUCCAACGCGUCGAAAAUUUCGUUCCUAUUCCCUAUUGUCUGUCUUUUUCAUUGUGCAUCCAGCUUUAUUUCAUUCGGUGAAGCUGGCUCUAUAUGAAACAUUUUCUCUGACCAACUUUUUUUCUCUCUACGCUGUCUAGUCUCCUUACUCUUACUUCAUGAGCUAAACUCAGGUUAAAUUGAAAGUUAUGGUACCGGCCUAAACAAACCGUUCCCUGAUGCAACCAACUAAUAAUUAUCGAAGUGUUGUGUACAAUCUGAUGUAACCUAGAAUAUAGUUAGUAUAGAGUAUAGUAGAGUAUAAUUUUAUACAUUCAGUAACAUUAAAAUGAGUGAUGUUUCGAAUUUACUUGAUCUGUUGCCUGUUUAUUAUUCAAGAUUGUUUCCUUUUGUUGAUUACUACAGAUGGUUGAGUUACGGAAAUGCCGCUGCCUUUAGUAAGAGAGAAUUCUCAUUUACACUCUCCGAUGAUGUUUAUAUACGUUAUCAAUCUUUCACCGACCUGAAAGGAUUAUCGGAUGAAAUUAAAAGAUUGCUGCCACAUAAAGUAGAUAUAGGAGCAAUUUAUAAUAUCCAGCCAAGAGAUCAAAGAAGAGGUUCUAAUUUUCAGCCAGUGGAAAGAGAAUUAGUAUUUGAUAUAGAUAUGACUGAUUAUGAUGAAGUAAGAACAUGUUGCAAAGGAGCAGACAUUUGUGGCAAAUGUUGGAAGUUUAUGUCGCUUGCUUGCAAAAUAUUAGAUAGCGCAUUGAGAUUGGAUUUUGGAUACAAACAUAUCUUAUGGGUAUUUUCUGGCAGAAGAGGUAUUCAUUGUUGGGUAUGUGAUUCUAAAGCGCGCACCUUAUCAGGACAGGUACGCGCGGCAGUUGCCGAAUAUUUACAGAUUAUAGGUGGUGGUGAGUUUAUGAAAAAGAAAGUACAUCUUACAGGUGAUAAAAUUCAUCAUUCUAUCAAGCGCGCUCUCGAUAUAAUCGAUCCUGUUUUUAUCGAAAUGUGCAUCAAAGAGCAGAAUAUGUUGGGUACAGAAGAGGGAAUUGAAAAAUUUCUUGCGAUAUUGCCUAAUGAGGAAGAUAGACAAGAAAUGAAAGUGCUGUUUAGUAAAGAGGGCACCAGCGAAGCAAGAUGGAAUAUAUUCGUACAAUAUAUUGAAUCUAAACGAACAGGGGGAGAUCGAAAAUGGUAUUUAUAUCGUCAUUUAAUCGAAGAAAUAAAAUUACAGUAUUCAUAUCCAAGGCUAGACAUAAAUGUCAGCAAAGGUUUAAAUCACUUACUAAAAUCUCCUUUUUGUGUUCAUCCGAAAACUGGUAAAAUUUGUAUACCAUUUAGUGCAAACGCAGUAGAUAAAUUUGAUCCUGAUAAGGUUCCUACAAUAAUGACAUUGAUAGAAGAAAUCAAUAUAUACGAUGUAAAGGAUAAAGUUGAAGAAGAAACAUAUGAAUUAAAUAAAAAACGAAUAAAAGAUUAUAAAAAAACGAGCUUGAACAAGUCGUUACAUAUUUUUCAAGAGUUCUUACAACAUUUGGAAGCCGAGCGGCGGGAACAGAGGUUAAAAGGCAAAAUUUCAACCGACCGUAUGGAAUUUUAAGAGAUUUUAUAAAAACAUUGUCUUUUAGAAAUUAUUAAAAAUAAUAUUAUUUAUAAUGUUUUAAAUAUAUUUUUGCGAAAUAAAAAGGAAUAUAUAUUUUAUAUAGUUCAAUGUAUCAAAAUCUUUCAUAUUAAAUUACUAAAUAAUACAGUUGUGGAAAAGCAAGGGAGGACAUACCGAGUACGUUCAAUAACAUAAUUACUCAAUAAAUUCUCAUUCAGCGCUUCAUUUCGAUUAGAAUAUUCUUUUAUAUUUAACAUGAACCUAAAAGUAUGCUUCAUCUAUCAUCCCAAAACUUGUAAAAUUUAUAAAUUUGUAAAAUUACAGAGUAAAACAGCAAAUGAUUGUGUUUCA